AUGUUUUGUUUUCUUAGCAAACGCCCUGGGACAUCUAAAUCCAUGGAUCCAAAUAGAGUGGAAGCCGAGCGCUUGCUUAGAAUCGUCAAGAAGCUUCUACACAGCCGAGAUCUGAGCAGCUGCCAUGACUUCGCAAUUCUGGCUCAAGAGAUCGAGCACCUAUUGGAAUGCUUAAAUCAGAUCUUGGCUGUCGCUGAUGUGCUCUUGGUUGCCGACUAG